UUGGUUUGAACAGGAAGGCGGACAUGUUGGGCGCUCUCAGUGUUAUUAUUAUUACUGUUAAUAAAGGAGUGGAAAUCGGCUCGGCACGGAGAGCGGCCGGUCUGCAGCAGCACAGCCCGCCACAGGAGCUCGUCGGGCCGGACCAGUGAGCCGAGGAGGACCGGACCGGGCCGGACCGGGUGGAUCUGAGAGCAGCUCGGAGACUCGGACUAACAGGGAGGAACUUUUCUCUUUUUAAACGGGACCGACUUUUACAAAGUCAGCCAAACCAUCCGCGGACCGAGCUUCUCCGACCUUCUCCGCUCCCCGUCACCCCGCGGCGCUCGGUCUCGGCGGCUCAGUCCGCGUUUCCCCUCUUUGUAGCGUCCCGGAGGAGAAACGAGGCCAGUCUAACUUUUUUCCAUCUGCUUUUUAACCUGUUUUUCUCUGUCGUUUGCGUGUGCAGGCGCUUCCUAUGCGUGCCUGUUUUAAGGAUUCGUGCUCGUCUGCGAUGUGGACGCUCAUUUAGCCACAGGAAGGAGCUGCUGUUCUUCUUUUCCCCUCCUUUUUAUUAUCAUUAUCAUCAUUUUUUCACUUUUUUGCCAAGUUGCCAUGGACUAACGUUGAAGGACUGAGUAACCAGGACGUUAGCUGACCUAGCCUAGCUAACGUUCACCGAGCUCCCCGAACUUCUUCUUUCGGUCUGAAAAUGUGGAUUUUCACCGUCUGCCGGUCUUUCAUGCCUUCAGACCCGAGCGAGAAGCCCAAAAGACACAAAGCGCUUCUCUGAUACGGACACGCGCGUGCUGAAGUGUAGAAAACCCCGCGGUUGGACGGUAUUUGUCAGAGCUAGCCGGCUAGCUAACGCGGGGCUAGCCGACCGUUAGCUGCUGUGGAAGCCCGGACGGCGAGCUCGCCGUGUUUGGUUGAAGCCCGGCGCUCAGAAACCGGACUGAAGAGAUAAAACAUGUCUUCUGCGGAGAGUUUGGCGGCUCGGUUUGAGAAAAUCGACGCCAUGCUGAAGGACCCGAAGUCGGAGAUAAACACCGACUGCCUCCUGGACGGUCUGGACGCUCUGGUCUAUGACCUGGAUUUCCCCGCAUUGAGGAAGAACAAAAGCAUCGACAACUUCUUAAACAGAUAUAAGGACACAAUCAGUAAAAUACGGGAUCUGCGUAUGAAAGCUGAGGACUAUGAGGUGGUUAAAGUCAUCGGCAGAGGAGCGUUUGGAGAAGUACAGCUGGUGAGGCACAAAGCUACCAGUAAGGUUUACGCCAUGAAGCUCCUCAGCAAAUUCGAGAUGAUAAAGCGGUCGGACUCGGCUUUCUUCUGGGAGGAGAGGGACAUUAUGGCCUUCGCCAACAGCUCGUGGGUCGUGCAGCUUUUCUACGCGUUCCAGGACGACCGCUACCUCUACAUGGUGAUGGAGUACAUGCCGGGCGGCGACCUGGUCAAUCUCAUGAGUAACUACGACGUCCCAGAGAAAUGGGCUCGGUUCUACACGGCCGAGGUGGUGCUGGCGCUGGACGGAAUCCACGCCAUGGGCUUCAUCCACAGGGAUGUGAAACCUGACAACAUGUUGUUGGACAAGACGGGCCACUUGAAGCUGGCGGACUUUGGCACCUGCAUGAAGAUGAACAAGGACGGUAUGGUACGAUGCGACACGGCAGUUGGAACUCCAGACUACAUUUCUCCAGAGGUACUGAAGUCUCAGGGUGGAGAUGGCUACUACGGCCGAGAGUGCGACUGGUGGUCCGUUGGGGUCUUCCUGUAUGAAAUGCUUGUUGGUGACACGCCGUUCUACGCUGACUCGCUAGUGGGAACCUACAGCAAGAUUAUGAACCACAAGAACGCUCUGACCUUUCCUGAGGACAGCGACAUCUCCAGGGACGCAAAAAACCUCAUCUGCGCCUUCCUCACUGACCGGGAAGUGCGGUUGGGUCGUAACGGAGUGGACGAGAUCAAGCGGCAUCCUUUUUUCAAAAACGACCAGUGGACCUGGGACAACAUCAGAGACACUGCCGCGCCGGUGGUGCCGGAGUUGAGCAGUGACAUCGACACGAGUAACUUUGACGACAUUGAGGAGGAUCGAGGAGAAGAGGAGACGUUCCCCAUCCCCAAAGCCUUCGUGGGAAAUCAGCUUCCGUUCGUUGGGUUCACGUACUACAGUAAUAACCGGUCUCCUCGAGGUUCCUGCACAAAAACCAGUGACAAGCGAGGCAGCACCACUAAAGAAGACAAGAGCCACCUGGAGAACCUGCAGAAGAGGAUCCAUCAGCUGGAGGAGCAGCUGCACGGGGAAAUGCAGCUGAAGGACGAGAUGGAGCAGAAGUGCAGGGCUUCCAACACCAAACUAGACAAGAUAAUGAAAGAGUUGGAUGAAGAGAGUAAUGCGAGGAAGAGUGCAGAGGCCAGUUUGUCUCUGCUGGAGAAAGACAAGCUGAUGCUCCAGCACAGAGCCACGGAGUACCAGAGGAAAGCUGACCAGGAGGCCGAGAAGAGACGAAAUCUGGAGAACGAGGUGUCCUCUCUGAGGGAGCAGCUGGAGAACCUGAGGAAGAUCAGCCAGAACACACAGGCCUCCAGUGAUAAGAUCGCCCAGCUGCAGCACCAGCUGGAGGAGGCGAACGACCUGCUGCGCGCAGAGUCAGACACGGCGGCCCGUCUGAGGAAGAGUCAGACGGAGAUGGGGAAGGCCAUGAGCCAGCUGGAGGGACUGAACGGGGAACUGCAGGAGAAGGUUCGGGCGGCCGACAGCGCCAGACAGCAGCUGGAGCGAGAGCUGCUGCAGCUGCAGAACACGCUGGACACGGAGAGACGCACCUGCAGCCAGGGCUCCGAGGAGAUAAGGCAACUGCAGGCUCGUAUCACAGGUCUGCAGGAGGACAAUAAGAACCUGAAGCAGAGUUUAUCUAAAGUGGAGGCGGAGAGGAAGCAGGCUCAGGAGAGGAGUAACAGUCUGGAGAAGGAGAAGAACAGUCUGGAGAUCGAUCUAAACUAUAAGCUGAAGAUCCUACAGCAGCGUCUCGAUCAUGAGAUCACGGAGCACCGGGCUAGUCGGGCACAGCUGACGGACAAAUACGAGUCCAUCGAGGAGGCCAAAUCGGCCGCCAUGCACGCGGUGGAGCAGAAGGUGUCUGAGGAGAGCGUGUUGCGGUUGCGGGCGGAGAACCGAGUGGUGGAGGUGGAGAAGCAGUGCUCUAUGCUGGAGUUUGACCUGAAGCAGUCGGUGCAGAAGAUGGAGCAGCUCAUGAAGCAGAAGGAGAGGCUGGAGGACGAGGUGAAGGCUCUGCGGGUGCAGCUGGAGCAGGAGUGUGGUAAGCGUUCUUCGGCUCAGACUGAGCUGAAGAACUGGACCAUCGAGGCCGAGAGGCUGAGGGGAUCUGAGAAACAGCUGAAGCAGGAGAUCAACACGGCCCUGGAGAACAAACGAUCGCUCGAGUUCCAGCUCGCACAGCUCACCAAGCAGUACAGAGGGAACGAGGGGCAGAUGAGGGAGCUGCAGGACCAGCUGGAGGCUGAGCAGUAUUUCUCUACGCUGUAUAAGACUCAGGUGAAGGAGCUGAAGGAGGAACUGGAGGAGAGGAACCGGCUGGUUCAGGAGACACAGAAGAAAAUGCAUGAGAUGCACGCAGAAAGGGACUCUCUGAUGGCUCAGCUGGAUUUGACUGUGACGAAGGCCGAAUCUGAGCAGUUAGCCAGAGCUCUGCAGGAGGAGCAGUACUUCGAACUCAGUCAGGAGAGCAAGAAGAGCACAACAAGGCACAAACAGGAGCUCGUAGAAAGGGACUCUACUAUAGCACGGCUUGAGGAUUCCAACAAAACCCUAACCAAAGAUGUGGAGAACCUCACCAGGGAGAAAGCCGAGCUAGACUCGAAGCUCCGAUCUCAGGAGGAAGAUUAUGCCGCCCAAAAAGAAGAAAUUUCGAACUCCAUUAAGGCCAACUAUGAGAAGAUACUCAACACGGAACGAACCCUGAAGACCCAGGCCGUGAACAAGCUGGCCGAGAUCAUGAACCGGAAGGACAUGAAGCUGGACCGGAAGAACCGUGGCAGCACCACGGAUCUGCGCAAGAAGGAGAAGGAGAACCGCAAGCUGCAGCUGGAGCUCAACCAAGAGAAGGAGAAGUUCAACCACAUGGCCAUCAAAUACCAGAAGGAGCUUAGCGAAAUGCAGGCGCAACUGAUGGAGGAGAGCACGUACCGUAACGAGCUGCAGAUGCAACUGGACAGCAAAGAGAGCGACAUCGAGCAGCUGAGGGAGAAACUGAAUGACCUGCAGCUCCGUAUGGACAACUCCAGCGUCACCAGCCUACAGCCGGACGAGACGGACAGCAACAUCGCAGAAUCCAGACUGGAAGGCUGGCUGUCGAUCCCCAACAGAGCCAACAUCAAGAGAUACGGCUGGAAGAAGCAGUACGUUGUGGUCAGCAGUAAGAAGAUUCUCUUCUAUAAUGAUGAGCAGGACAAAGAGCAGUCCAAUCCCUCCAUGGUGCUGGACAUUGACAAACUCUUCCAUGUGCGUCCGGUGACACAAGGCGACGUGUACCGCGCUGAGACGGACGAGAUCCCCAGAAUAUUUCAGAUCCUGUACGCCAACGAGGGCGAGUGCCGGAAGGAGGCGGACCUGGAGGCCGUUCCUCAGGGCGAUAAGACCAACUGCCUGCCCCAUAAGGGUCACGAGUUCAUCCCCACCCUCUACCACUUCCCCUCCAACUGCGAGGCCUGUGCCAAACCUCUGUGGCACGUCUUCAAACCCCCACCGGCACUCGAGUGCCGCCGCUGCCACGUCAAGUGCCACAAAGACCACCUGGACAGGAAGGAGGACGUCAUCGCACCCUGUAAAGUGAACUACGACGUGACGUCGGCGCGGGACAUGCUCCUGCUGGCUCUCUCCCAGGAGGAGCAGAAGAAGUGGAUCGGCCAUUUGGGCAAAAAGAUCCCCAAAACCCCGCCCUCCACCUUCUCCCGCGCGUCCCCCCGCAACAUUUCCACCCGCUCCGUCGUAGCCAAUCAGUCCUUCCGCAAGAACCCCAAAAACAUCACCGGGAAGUCCAGCAGGGCGCAGUCCAACCUCCAUGCAGCCGACACUUCGUCCAGCUCCUGCUGACCACAGCACACACGAGCUCCAGGCUUUUACACCCACAGCAGACCUCAGCGCAGUGUCUCCUGCACAGUUACCUUUACAUUCACACCCCUUAAACGGCUCCGGCGGCGGCCGAACCGAGCCCAGCCGCGCUGCUCCUCUCAGGGUGUCGGUUGGGUUUACGUGCAGGUUUCCUGUUCAGGUUUAAAGGAGAGCUCCAGUGUUUCUCAGCCUGAUCUCCGUCUGCUGCAGCUGUAGCGUACAGUCGACUACCAGACAGUCGUAUCCCGGUAACACUUCACUGAAGACCUUCUGCGUGUCAUAGCAGAUGUCCUGUGCUGUCUUAUGUCGACUGUUUAUGUUCAGUAAUAUAACAGCGUCGUGUUGCUACCAGUAACUAUAAUGACAGAUGCUAUAGUGUCUAACGCCAUUACAGCUUAUGUCACAUGCUAGUUUUUGCUGAGUUUCUCUUCUUCGUAACAGUCGACGCUACAGAUGCAGCAGAUGGAGUGAAAGUUGAAAAGUACUGGUGUACUCCUUCGAUGGAAGGGGGCUGAUUAACCAGCUGGGGGGGAACUUGAGGCUCGAUCCCAACAGAAGCUUUUUAAGCUGGCUGAGAAAAGAAAAGCUUUUUCUGCUUCGCCAACCACAGAGAAAAUAACUCUGUGGCACCACCUACUGGUGGGAAGGCAAACAUCAACUCAAACUGAACUGUUUCAGGACUCUUCCACAUGUAUACACACUGAUCAGGCAUAACAUUAUGUCCUUGUUUCUACGCUCAUUGUCCAUUUUAUCAGCUCCAC